AUGACUGUAAGUAAAGGCAAGUGUUUCUUUGAUCGCCUGGCAGAUAACUCAAUACAUAUACGCCUCACGAUGUCAUCGUCUCCUCUCCCUCUUUCUUUCUCCAUGAACUCUUUUUCUUCUUCAGCCCCCACUCGUCAACCACUCCAUGCUUCUUCAUUACAACUACCUUCACACGUCCGAUGGACAAAAGAUGAGCUGCACCAACAUCCCAGACCUAAAACAGUUCGCUACCGACUAAGCCAGUUAUGCCGGGAAGGCCAACCCCAUCUUGCCCGCCAACUGUUCGACGAAAUUCCCAGCCCAACAACUGUGGUUUGGAACGCAAUCAUCAUUGGCUUCAUCUGUAAUAACAUGCCUCAUGAAGCUAUACUCCUCUACUCCCAAAUGAAAUCCAAGUCUUUUCUUUCUGAUUCCUAUACAUACUCUUCGGUUCUCAAAGCCUGCGCCCAAACUCAAAGUCUUCGGAUAGGUAAAGCCGUUCAUUGUCAUAUUAUUCGGUCCCAUUUGUAUCCUAGCAAAAUAGUAUGUAAUUCCCUUUUGAACAUGUAUGCCAGUUGCUUGUAUGACGAUGUAAAAAGCGUGUUUGAAUCAAUUCCAAAAAGGAAUGUCAUUUCAUGGAACAUUCUGAUUUCAUGGUAUGUGAAGAUGGGACUUUUUGUGGAAGCUGUUACCCAUUUCGUAAAGCUCUUGAAGUCUGGACUUAAACCUACAGUGGUAAGCUUUGUAAAUGUAUUUCCAGCUGUAGCAGGAAUCGGUGAUUCCAAACUUGCUGAUGCUGUUUAUGGGUUGCUUACUAAAUCAGGCGAUGAGUAUUUCACAGAUGUGUUUGCUACAAGCUCUGCUAUCUCCAUGUUUGCUGAACUUGGUUCCCUUGAAUCUGCAAGGAAGAUAUUUGAUUAUAGUUUAGAGAGGAAUAUAGAGAUUUGGAACACUAUGAUCAGCGGAUAUGUCCUUCAAAAUUUACCUGAUGAAGCACUUAAUCUUUUCAUUCAUGCUCUACAUGCAUCAGAUGAUGUCCCCAUUGAUGAUGUCACUUUGAUCUCUGUUUUAACAGCAGUCUCACAGUUGCAGGAGCUGGAUCUUGCUAAUCAGAUACACGCGUAUAUCAUAAAAACUAUGCCAAUUUUACCUGUGAUGGUGAUGAACACACUUGUAGUCAUGUAUUCCAGAUGUAAUUCCAUUGAAGAAAGCUCAAAGAUCUUUAAAAAUAUGAAUGAAAAAGAUACAGUUUCCUGGAACACUAUGAUUUCGUCUUUUGUCCAGAAUGGAAUGGACGAUGAAGGGUUAAAACUUGUGUAUGAAAUGCAAAAUCAAGGGUUUGUGAUCGAUGAUGUCACCAUAUCCGCUGUUUUAUCUGCAGCAUCGAAUCUAAGAAACCGUGAAAUUGGAAAACAAACACAUGGGUAUCUUGUUAGACAUAAUAUUGAGUUUGAGGGAAUGGAAAGUUAUCUCAUUGACAUGUAUGCAAAAUCCGGUUUAAUAAAAGUGGCUCAAAAUCUCUUUGAGAGAACUUCUUCUUCUUCAUGUGAUAGAGAUCAAGCAACAUGGAACACAAUGAUAUCCGGGAACUCUCAAAACGGACUAAUCGAACAGGCUUUUGAUGUUUUCAAGAACAUGAUUGAUCACAACGUGUCACCAAAUUCUGUUACUUUAGCAUCGAUUCUUCCAAGCUGUAGUGUAAUGGGAAGUCCAAGAUUAGCAAAAGAAAUCCAUUCAUUUUCCAUUCGACAUUCUUUAGACAAUAACGUAUUCGUACAUUCUGCUUUGGUGGAUACGUAUUCCAAAUUGGGUAUAAAUACAUACGCAGAGAACGUAUUUUUACUUUCACAUGAGAAAAAUUUAGUUACAUACACGAACAUGAUAUUGGGAUACGGGCAACAUGGGAUGGGUGAGAAAUCUCUUCAUGUGUUUAAUUCAAUGAAAGAAAACGGGAUAAAACCGGAUUCUGUAACUAUAAUUGCAAUUCUAAGUGCGUGUAGCUAUUCUGGAUUGGUGGAUGAAGGUCUUCGAUUAUUUGAGUUAAUGGAAGAAGAGUAUGAAAUUGUUCCUUUAGUCGAGCAUUAUUGUUGUGUUGUUGAUAUGUUAGGGAGAGUUGGAAGGGUGUCAGAAGCGUAUGAUUUUGUUAAAGGGUUAGGGGAGAAGGGGAAUGAUUUGAAAAUAUGGGGGUCACUCAUGGGGUGUUGUAGAAUCCAUGCGGAGUUUGAAUUGGGAAAAGUUGUUGGUGAGAAGUUGGUUGAAAUGGGUGUUGGAGAUAAGCAUUCGGGGUAUCAUGUUUUGUUGUCUAAUAUGUAUGCUGAGGAAGGGAAUUGGGAAUGUGUUGAUAGAUUAAGGAGAGAGAUGUUUGAAAAGGGAAUGGUGAAGGAACCCGCGUACAGUUGGAUUGAUAAUGGUGGUCGUACGGAUUAUUUUAUGUCAAGGGAUAGAAAUCAUGCUCAUGGUGAUGAAAUAUAUGAAAUGUUGGAUGUUUUGGAUACUGACAUGAAGGAUGUCGAGGUGUGA